GGGGAGGGAGCUGGAAGGGCAAAGGUCUGCGGCUGAACCCGACAAAACUUGGCUGGAAGGAGCGGCGACGAAAGUUCAGAAAUGGCUGAACAAACUGCUGAGACACAUCUGCAUCUGAUAACAUAUAUUCACUUCUGGAAUUUGUAGCUGAGGAAUUGGCGGCCAGAAUGCUGCAUUGUUUGACCUGAGAAAAUGGGUGUUAAUGCAUCUAACUACCCUCAGUCUUUCUCCCAGAGGGUAGGAGGAAAUUCACAGGCUCAACAAACGUUUAUAGGAACAUCCUCCUAUUUACAUCAAGGAUAUGGAUGCGAAUCAAAAUUAUAUAGCCUUGAACACAGCCAUGAGAAACCACAAGACAAAAAGAAAAAGAGUUCUGGUCUUGCAACUCUGAAAAAGAGAUUUAUAAAAAGACGUAAAUCUAAUCGGUCUGCUGAUCAUGCUAAGCAGAUGCGUGAGCUACUUUCUGGAUGGGAUGUAAGGGAUGUAAAUGCAUUAGUAGAAGAAUAUGAAGGCACUGCAGCUUUGAAGGAGCUUUCAUUGCAGGGUAAUUUGGCGCGACCAGAUGCACGGACCUUGCAAAGGGAUUUAGCAGAUCUUUAUGAGUACAAGUACUGCACUGAUGUUGAUUUAAUUUUCCAAGAUACUUGCUUUCCUGUACAUCGUGCCAUUCUGGCAGCAAGAUGUCCCUUUUUUAAGACUUUGCUUUCAUCCUCACCUGAAUAUGGUGCUGAAAUUAUGAUGGAUAUAAACACAGCUGGCAUAGAUUUGCCUAUGUUUUCAGCACUAUUACAUUAUCUAUAUACAGGAGAGUUUGGGAUAGAGGACUCCAGGUUCCAAAAUGUUGACAUCCUGGUACAACUUACUGAAGAGUUUGGAACCCCAAAUUCACUGGAUGUUGAUAUGCGAGAACUUUUUGAUAGUAUGUGUUAUUAUGAUGCUAUUCUGAGCUUUUCAUCUGAUUCUGAAUUGGAGGAAGCAUUUGGAGGAACUCAGAGUUGUUUAGAUGAAGAACUCUGUGGGCAUAAGGCUGUCCUAUCUGCACGGUCUCCAUUUUUUAGAAAUCUUCUCCAACGACGAAUAAGGACUGGUGAAGAAAUUACAGAUCGAACUCUGCAGACUCCAACUAGAAUUGUACUAGAUGAGUCCAUCAUUCCAAAAAAAUAUGCAAAAGUAAUUUUACAUUGUAUGUAUACAGAUCUAGUGGAUUUGUCUCUGGUACUACAUUGCAAUCCAUCUGUAGGGAGCCUGAGUGAAGUCCAAGCGAUGGUUGCAGGGAAAUGUAACAUGUCAAGAGCUGAAGAAGCAAUGGAACUUUACCACAUAGCUCUUUUUCUGGAGUUCAACAUGCUUGCUCAAGGCUGCGAAGAUAUUGUGAUGGAGAGCAUCUCCCUGGACACCUUGAUUUCCAUUCUGAAAUGGAGUUCACAGCCUUAUGGUUCUAAAUGGGUUUAUCGACAGGCACUUAACUUCUUAUGUGAGGAGUUCACUUCAGUCAUGAUCUCAGAUGUAUUCUUUGAACUCAGCAAGGACCACUUGCCGACUGUCCUUCAGUCAGACUAUUUGCAGGCUAGUGAGCAAGAUAUCCUAAAGUACAUGAAUAAAUGGGGAGAACACCAGCUCAUCAAACAAAUGGCAGAAAGAGAGCCAAACUUGCUGAGUGGAACUGCACACAGUGUAAACAAGCGAGGUGUAAAGCGACGUGAUCUUGAUCUCGAGGAACUAAAAGAGAUCUUAUCCCCACUACUGCCUCAUAUUCGCAUAGAUCACAUCCUACCCCCAAACAGCGAGGUUCUCAAUGAUGCUAUAAAGAGAGGACUGAUUAGCACACCACCAUCAGAUAUGCUACCAACAGCUGAAGGUGGAAAAUCUCAUGCUUGGAUACGUCAGAAGAACGCUGGAAUAUAUGUGAAGCCUCGUUUAUUUGCACCAUAUGUGGAGGAGGCAAAGGCUGUUUUGGAUGAAAUGAUGGUAGAACAGACUGAUCUUGUGAGACUGCGCAUGGUUCGCAUGUCCAAUGUACCAGACACACUGUACAUGGUGAACAGUGCAGUGCCACAGUGUUGUCAUCUAAUGAGCCACCAGCCGUUAGGUACACCAUCCAAUACUCCUUCAAUCAUUGCCAAUGAAAUACCUGUCCCCCCAUUGAAUAUGGUGAAAGAUAUGAUCAGGCGCCUACAGGAACUUAGACACACUGAUCAGGUCCAGCGUGCAUACGCAUUGAACUGUGGAGAAGGAGCAACCGUAAGCUAUGAAAUUCAAAUUCGGGUGUUGAGGGAAUUUAACCUCCCCGAUGCUGCUGUUGAGCUGCUUCAGAAUCCUCAUAAAUUCUUUCCGCAUGAACGAUUUGGUGAUGAGAGUCCAGUGCUGGCUAUUCGACAGCAUGGCCACUGUAGAAUAAACAGCUCAUCAGCUGGAGAUUAUGGUGAUAUUGAGCCUUGUGCAGCAUUCCACCCAGCUUUACCACCACCUCCACCACCAUACCACCCUCCUGCUCCACCAACUCAUGAGAAGCACAAAGCAGACUGGAGGCAGCGGUUACCUGGCCAUCUGUCAUCCCGCUCCUUGUCAUAUCCUUGUAACCGUUCUUUGCUUUAUCCUGCACUAGCUUCCAGGCCUGUUUAUCCAUCUGGUGGUAAAGUAAUGCCUCCUGAUUGCACCAAUUCUGCUGGAUUGGUCCGGAUAACACCAGAACUAGGGAAUACUGAAGGUACCUUAAAUGAGCUAAUGCCAGAUAUUGCAAUGGGUGUGACAUCCUUGAGUAAUCUAUCACUGAAGGAUAGAAGGUUCCCAGAGCUAACUUUAAAUGCUGAAGUAAACCAAAUGGCUUCAGAUUCUGCAUCAUUUCCACGGCCUGCUCCGUAUAUACACAAUAGACAUGUACACAGUACAAGGAGGAAACCUGGUGAACUGAAACUGGAAUCUCAGGAAGGCCUCCUGGAGUACCCAGAUCUGUAUGACUUCUCUUCCAAUACAGCUUAUCGAUCAUGCACUCCAGGAACCAGCAGGCGUACACCUGCUCCUUCACAGGGAACAUACUUGGGCCCAGAUUUGUACAGUCACAGUAGGCCAGCAGCAGGAGGCUUCAAGAUGACCUCACUUUGCAGUGAACCAAAUAAACGAGACGAACCAAGGAGAGAAUAUUUACUGCCUCCUGAAGUUCACCAGCCAAGACCCAGUGAUCCACCAUAUUUUGAUUUCUUGGAGCAGCCCCCGCACAGGUUGGACUUGGCAUUGCUACAGGAGUCUAGUGGAGGUUCUCUCCAUACUAGAAGUAGGGGCUUAAUGGAGGCAGAUCUGACUUAUGGCCUAACGGCCAGCCGAGUUAUGGGUGUGCCCUGCAACUCUGAGAAUCGUGAGGCCAGUUGCAACAGAAGGUCAUCCGAUGGUGACAUGCUGGAGCCUGGGGUCAGUGCUCAGCUGCACAGAAACGUUCAGAACAACCGGGAAGAGACAUUAAGCCGUGAAAGGAGGUCACCAAGCCGACCUGAUCUGCCAUACAAAAAAUCUGCCCUUUAGUGACAACAGUAAUCUGGUCUGCUGAAAAAGUAGAUAACUCCAUUAUUAACUCUGCUUUCAUAAUGUUUUGUACAUAACGUUUCUACCUUAAACUGAACUUUUUAGAUUGUUUUCUAUGACUUUUGUGAUAUCUUGGGAGACCAGGUCUUGCACCAGUAUUGCCAUUCUUUCUAAUGUUUAAAUAGUCUGCUUAAUCGAGUUUACCAUUUUGAAAAGAAAUGCUUGAUCUGUUGCCUCCUUUUUACAGGUUUGUUUGAAAAAAAUCAAUGUCUUUUGCGUAUUGAAUUAAGGCUGUAUGAUGUUUAAUGGUGAGCUGUACACCUGAAAAGUAUUCUGAUAUGCAUUGCUAUAUUUUCUCAUUUUUGAGAAAGUAUAUAGUCUUAAUAGAAUGGACAGUAUUCUUUUAAAGUAUAUUCUUGGCAUUGGAAUAUAUGUGCAAGAGAAGAAUGUCUGUAUUCUACAGGCCCAACUGCCUGCAUUGAGAGAGAGCACAGAUCCUAGUCAAUCUGAAUCAGUAGUCUUAAUCUUAGGACAAUCAGAUUGCUGUGACAAUCGGUUUAUAAGAUUAAUGUUUUAAUAUAUGGUGAGAAGCUGAAUCCCAAAGGCAGAAAUACUAGCAACACAUAUAGUAGCUGGAGUGCCAUCCAGAGCUACUGAUAUGUCUUUUGCUUGGUUAUUGAUCUGUGGUGGGAUAUGUGAAACCUUUUUGGCCUUUUUCCUCUAUCAUUUGGUUAGUUAGCAGCUUCUCAUAUUUCUGGAUGGGUUGACAAAUGUUGGAUUCUGAAAUGGUGUUAAGUAUUGGAAACAAUCAGCUACAUUUGAUGGAAAAGCUAGAAUGGGAGCUGUAUGGUAUGAUUUUUAAAUUCUUGUAUUUUCCCUUGCUGCAUCCAAGUGGACUUGCAUAUUGCACAUUUUUAGGCUUUAUCGCUCCCUUAACUGAGGGACUUUCUUGCUCAGUAUGGAGUGAGCUUUGAGCUCAAUUCCUAGGUGAGAGUAAGAUCCUAUGUUGUUUUCAACUUUCACAGACUUAUGUAAUCAGUUUGAAGGGGAUAAUGCUGUUACACGAACCCUGGAGACAGGGUAAAAGUAUGUAGGGGUUUUAGAUUGUAACUGUUGUAGCAAAUGUGCAGAUUCAAAAAAAAUUGCGUACAGAAACUUUAAUUCUCUUGAGCUUGUUGCAGCUAAUGAGCUACUUAAAGUGUAUUAGUUGUAAUUUGAUUGUGGUAUCUUUUAAAUUUUAUUACUUCUGAUCCAUAGUACAAAACUGGAGUGACAGUUGUGCACAGAUGUUUUUUUAUUUUCUUGUCCUUCCUGUUCAGUAUUUGUUUUUCAUUUGUAUGGAUGAUCAGGAUUAGAAGUAAAAUGGGAGGAGACAGGAGAAUGCAAAGGAUUGAGUGCCAAUUUUUAAUGCAAAGCACUGGUGAUAGAAAAACUGAUCUAAUCACUGCUACUAUGCAAUUUCAUCUUGUCUUUACAACGGUACUUGAAUCAAAAUUAUCUAGUAGUAGUUUAAAAAUUAAGAGCUGGAAUGUAAUCAUGAUUCCAAAAUUGCAUCCAGAAACCUAUUCUCAUGAGCUUGUUCCAGCUGAUGAGCUACUUUAAGUGUACUUUAGCUGUGCCAGAACUCUCGCCUCUGAGUCAGAAGGUGUGGGUUCAAUUUCCACUCAAGACUUGAGCAUUCAAAUCUAAGCUAAUGCUCCACUGCAGUGCUGAAGAGUUCUGGAUGAGACAUUAAACAGGGGCCUUGUUUGUUUUCUCAGGUGGACAUAAAAGAUCCCAAGGCACUAUUUUGAUAAGCUGUAGGGGAGUUCUUCCUAGUGUCCUGGCCAGAGGUCAAUUUUUUUUUUUUGAAGGCUAAUUUUUAUUUUUGGGAGCUACUUUUUUGGUUUUCAGGGCUCCUUUUCCAUCCUCACUAAUUCUGUUAUUUAGUGAUGUAGUCAUAUAGUAACAUUCCAUUCUGUAUUUGUGUUGACAUAUGGGGUCUUUGGACUCGCAUAGAAAUAGAUUUGGAGGAAUUCAUCAACAUCCUCAAUAAUCAUCACCCCCUCCAUUAAACUUAAAGCCAUAACACACAAGAAAAGCAUUAAUUUCCUAGACACCAUCAUAUUAAAACUGGCACAAGACAACGGGCAUAAGUUAGAAAAGUUUUUUUUUCAAUUUAACUGACACACUUCUACCCACAAAAUGUCAUCACCCUAACACACCUUCCGCUGACCUGCAAGGUCACAGCUAAUACAUUUUUAUUGCAUAGGCACAAAGCUGGAAAUUUUUAACCAGGCAGUUACUAUCUUUUUACUGCAUCUUAGAUUUAAAUCUAACAAUUGAUCUAGCAUCAAUUGUUGUUUGUGGAAAAGAGUUCUAAACUUCUGCUACCCUUUGGGUGUAGAAGGGUUUCCUAAUUUCGCGCUGGAAAGAUCGGGUUCUGGUUUUUAGAUGAUGCUCCCUAGCCUUAGACUCCACUAAAUCAAUUGAUCAUAUACCUCACUACAACAGUAACUACACUUCCAAAGUAUUCAAUUGACUAAAGCACUUUGGGGUGUCAUAUGGUCAUAAAAAGCACUAUAAAAUGUAAAGUGUUCAUUAUGUUUGGGAUCUUAGUAUAUGUAAAAUGGUUGCAUGUUUGUCUCUAACACAGUCACUGCACCUCAAGUAAUUCACAGCAUGUGAAAUGCUUUGGGAUGUGAUAACACAAAGGCAUAUCUUUUUGUAAAAUAAAACUAUUCAGUAUUAAAUUAUCCAGUUUACAGUAUUCAUUACAAUAGCAUACACCACAUUUUUUCCCUACAGUAGCUCCUGAACUGAUGGAGCCUUAAAUUCACAGAGAUUCCUUGCAAGUUUUUCUGACUCAUUAGCUGAGUAUUACUUUGUUGACAGAUAUAACUGUUUUUCCCUUCACAGCAUCUCUCUGUCACUGUCUGGUGUGCUUAGGCUGAUGUGUUGCCACACUCCUCCUCCAAGCACAGGCCUUUUCUCUCCGUUUGUAAGGGGGAAACAGCCUGUACUUUGAUGAGCAGCUCCUCAGAUUCUGUCAUUUCCAACUAUGGGGGUAACUUUUUCAUUGGUCACCUCCAUGAUUUGUUUUUCCAGGGCUUUCGAGGGCGAAUUUGCCUCCAGCCCCAGUGCAUUUUGAAUCCUGGUCCUGGCUAAUAUUUAUUCCCCAAUUAGCAUCACUGAAAGCAAAUCAGCCAGUCAAUAUUGCACUGUUGUUUGUGGAACCUUGCUGUGCGCAUUACCUAAGGUGAAUGGAAAUGUUCUCAGAGAAAAAGGAUGAAAUCUUGCCUGUCUCAAAUUACAGCAGGAAGCUUUAUAUAUUGGGUAUGGUGUAUUGUUUCCAGGUAUAUCUUAAUUUUACUGAGAUUUUAUUGGAGUUUUUAGCAAAUGAUUGAAAAUCAGCAAAAUUAAGGCUCUAAAAGAAAAUGCUGAGCAGGAGCUACAUAAAUUAAAUGGUGCUUGUUUUCUGCAGUGUGCAGGUUUCUUUACAAAAUUUUAAAUGUUUAUGCCUGGAAUCUGUCUAAACUGAUAGAUAAUUGUCUCACCCUUUCAAAUACAAUAUAGGAUAAUCAACCUUUGUGGAAACUGUCCUAGUAUACAGCACAGCAUUUCAAAGCUGCCUGACCUGCUGCUACUUUUAUAGUGUCCUGACUGUAGCUAUGUAUUUUCUCCCCUUCACCCCCAGCCGCUGAUUGCAUGCUCUUAAAUUGCAGUUAUUUACCAAUUUCAUUUUGGUUGAAUGUUAAAACUUAUAUAAAAUAUCGGAAUCUGUUUAAAGAUGAGUUUUUGGUGUUUAGUAGCAAAAGAUUUCUAAAACUUGCAUUGUUGGUAUUAAUCCUUUCAUGAUUUGUUUUGGAUUCUUCUGAUCUAAGCUGUUACUGGGAUACAGUAAAGUGCCUUCCAUGCUAAAGGCUCAAAUAUCAGUAAUUUAGAUCAAAUGUCCUAUGCAAGUGAUUUCUACAAACUGCAUAACCAUCUUUGUAGAUUCUACUAUGCUUCAAUGUAUAUAAUGUUUUUAAAGAGACUAUUUUUUAUUUUAGCAUCUUAAUGGGAUUGUUAUUGCUCAGUAAGAUGCAUCUCACUAUCAAGUACCAUGGCAGUUGUACAGAAUCUCUGAUCUAUUUUUCUACUGUUUCUGGGGAAAAAAACGCAUGUAACUAAUUCUACAUUGCCAUAUAAGUGGUGUUUCAAAUAAAUGGCCUAUAGAA